UGCACAACCCCGGCUGCCAGAGCGGCGGCUUCAUCGGAGGGACUGGAGGCUGGACCACGCGUUAGCAUCCUCCUGGCUCCCAGGUCCAGGGCUUCCAGACGGAAGGCACGCUGGUCCUAAGCCACUGGGUUCUUUCGCUCCCGGGCCGCCCCGCCAGGGUGGCCGCGGCCUCAGCCCUGCCCCUCCCUCCUUCCCUCUCCCCCUCGCUCCUCGCCUCCCUCCCCGCCGCCUCACCGAGUAGGAGUUCCCGUUCUCCACCCGAACAGUCCUGCUUUCCCUUUUCCUCUCGCUUGAAACCAGAGAAGAGGAGGGAGAAGACCAGGCUGCCGAGGAGAGGGCCCGCUCGCAAAGAGUUGCUUUGACACAUCCUUAAGAUGGAAGUUAAGUGAAAGCAAAACAAAACAAAACAAAACUCCGGGACGUGUUGCUGGUACUGAGGAGACCAGGGGAAAAAGAAAACCUGGUAGGCAGGCCAAUGGUUGUUCGGCUGCGCGCUGGCAAGUUUGUGGAACACUUUCUAGGAAUUAGGUCCUUUUCCUCCCCCUUCAGCUUCUUGACUUUGGAAGAGAGAGCUUGUCUUUGGAUUGCAAUGGAGCCUAAGGAGAGAGGGCUAAACGCACGUGAAUAAUCCUUCCGGCUGGGCUGCAUUUGUGGGAAUUUAGGAAGCCAGCGUGGAAAUACAGAGACUCUGGAAGUAGUCUGGCUUCAUUGGGGUGGCUCCUGACGUGUCCCGUGUCAGACCUCUCCACCGACUCCUUCCGAUCUUGCCGUUUUGCUCCUCUUGACUUUAAUUCAUCUCUAGGAAAGUCUAAACUUCGGACCUACCUCUUUUUUUUUAUACUUAUUUUUGUACUUUUGCUCUCUGGGAUUGAUUUCUUAAACAAUCUGGAUCCUUUUUAAUAUGUCAAAAUGAGUCUGCUAAUGUUUACACAACUAUUGCUCUGUGGAUUUCUCUACGUUCGGAUUGACGGAUCUCGUCUUCGUCAAGAAGAUUUUCCCCCACGGAUUGUGGAGCACCCUUCUGAUGUUAUCGUCUCUAAAGGAGAGCCCACCACUCUGAACUGUAAGGCAGAGGGCAGGCCAACUCCCACCAUUGAAUGGUACAAGGAUGGUGAGCGGGUGGAGACUGACAAGGAUGAUCCCCGGUCACACCGGAUGCUUCUCCCCAGUGGAUCCUUAUUCUUCCUGCGCAUUGUGCACGGGCGCAGAAGUAAACCAGAUGAAGGGAGCUAUGUUUGUGUUGCAAGGAACUAUCUCGGUGAAGCAGUGAGUCGAAAUGCAUCUCUGGAAGUGGCAUUGUUGCGGGAUGACUUCAGGCAAAACCCCACAGAUGUGGUAGUGGCAGCUGGAGAGCCUGCAAUCUUGGAAUGCCAGCCCCCUCGGGGACACCCAGAACCCACUAUCUACUGGAAAAAAGACAAAGUCCGAAUCGAUGACAAGGAGGAGAGAAUAAGUAUCCGUGGUGGAAAACUGAUGAUCUCCAAUACCAGGAAAAGUGAUGCAGGAAUGUAUACCUGUGUUGGCACCAAUAUGGUGGGAGAAAGAGACAGCGACCCUGCAGAGCUGACUGUCUUUGAACGACCCACAUUUCUCAGGAGGCCGAUUAACCAGGUGGUGCUGGAAGAAGAAGCUGUAGAAUUCCGUUGUCAGGUCCAGGGAGAUCCUCAGCCAACUGUGAGGUGGAAAAAGGAUGAUGCAGACUUGCCAAGAGGAAGGUAUGACAUCAAAGAUGAUUAUACCCUGAGAAUUAAAAAGGCCGUGAGUACAGAUGAAGGUACAUAUAUGUGUAUUGCUGAGAACCGAGUGGGAAAAGUUGAAGCCUCCGCUACCCUCACUGUUCGAGCACCUCCACAGUUUGUGGUUAGGCCAAGAGAUCAGAUUGUUGCUCAAGGCCGGACAGUGACAUUUCCCUGUGAAACUAAAGGAAACCCACAGCCAGCUGUUUUUUGGCAGAAAGAAGGCAGCCAGAAUCUUCUUUUCCCAAACCAACCCCAGCAGCCCAACAGUCGCUGUUCAGUGUCCCCUACUGGAGACCUCACGAUUACCAACAUUCAGCGUUCUGAUGCCGGAUAUUAUGUCUGCCAGGCUUUAACUGUGGCAGGAAGCAUUUUAGCAAAAGCUCAACUGGAGGUUACUGAUGUUUUGACAGAUAGACCUCCACCUAUAAUCCUACAAGGCCCAAUAAACCAAACACUAGCAGUAGAUGGUACAGCAAUACUGAAAUGUAAAGCCACUGGUGAUCCUCUUCCUGUAAUUAGCUGGUUAAAAGAAGGGUUUACUUUCCUGGGUAGGGAUCCAAGAGCAAGUAUCCAAGAACAAGGGACGUUGCAGAUUAAGAAUCUAAGGAUUUCUGAUACUGGCACUUAUACCUGUGUGGCUACAAGUUCAAGUGGGGAAACUUCCUGGAGUGCAGUGCUGGAUGUGACAGAAUCCGGAGCAACAAUCAGUAAAAAUUAUGAUUUCAAUGACCUGCCAGGGCCGCCAUCGAAACCACAGGUUACUGAUGUAACUAAGAACAGUGUCACCUUGUCCUGGCAACCAGGUACCCCUGGAACUCUUCCAGCAAGUGCAUAUAUCAUUGAGGCUUUCAGCCAAUCGGUGAGCAAUAGCUGGCAAACAGUGGCAAACCACGUUAAGACAACCCUCUAUACUGUGAGAGGGUUGAGGCCCAACACAAUCUACUUAUUCAUGGUCAGAGCAAUCAACCCCCAAGGUCUCAGUGACCCAAGCCCUAUGUCGGAUCCUGUACGUACACAAGAUAUCAGUCCCCCAGCACAAGGAGUAGACCACAGACAAGUACAGAAGGAGCUUGGAGAUGUCAUCGUCCGCCUUCAUACUCCAGUUCUACUGACACCUACAACUGUUCAAGUCACAUGGACGGUGGAUCGCCAACCCCAGUUUAUUCAAGGCUACCGAGUGAUGUACCGUCAGACUUCAGGCCUGCAAGCUUCAACUUUAUGGCAGAAUUUAGAUGCUAAAGUCCCCACAGAGCGAAGUGCUGUCUUAGUCAAUCUGAAAAAGGGGGUGACUUAUGAAAUUAAAGUCCGCCCGUAUUUUAAUGAGUUUCAAGGGAUGGAUAGUGAAUUUAAAACAGUUCGUACUACUGAGGAAGCCCCAAGUGCCCCGCCCCAGUCUGUCACUGUGCUCACAGUUGGCAGCCACAACAGCACGAGCAUUAGUGUUUCCUGGGACCCUCCACCUCCCGAUCACCAAAAUGGAAUCAUUCAGGAAUACAAGAUCUGGUGUCUUGGAAACGAAACACGAUUCCACAUCAACAAAACUGUGGAUGCGGCCAUUCGGUCUGUAGUAAUUGGGGGCUUGUUCCCAGGAAUUCAGUACCGGGUAGAGGUGGCAGCUAGUACCAGUGCUGGAGUUGGAGUGAAAAGUGAACCACAGCCAAUAAUAAUUGGGGGACGGAAUGAAGUUGUGAUUACUGAAAAUAAUAACAGCAUAACUGAGCAAAUCACUGAUGUUGUGAAGCAACCUGCAUUUAUAGCUGGCAUCGGUGGUGCCUGCUGGGUAAUUUUGAUGGGUUUUAGCAUCUGGUUGUACUGGAGAAGAAAGAAGAGAAAGGGACUCAGCAAUUAUGCUGUUACAUUUCAAAGAGGAGAUGGAGGACUAAUGAGCAAUGGAAGCCGCCCAGGUCUUCUAAAUGCCGGUGAUCCCAAUUAUCCAUGGCUUGCUGAUUCCUGGCCAGCCACAAGCAUGCCAGUAAAUAAUAGCAAUAGUGGCCCAAAUGAAAUUGGAAAUUUUGGACGUGGAGAUGUGCUGCCACCGGUUCCAGGCCAAGGGGAUAAAACAGCAACGAUGCUUUCAGACGGGGCCAUUUACAGCAGCAUUGACUUCACUACGAAGACCACGUACAACAGUUCCAGCCAAAUAACACAGGCCACCCCUUACGCCACUACACAGAUCCUGCAUUCCAACAGCAUCCACGAACUAGCAGUUGAUCUUCCUGAUCCCCAAUGGAAAAGUUCGAUUCAACAAAAGACAGAUCUGAUGGGAUUUGGUUAUUCUCUACCAGAGCAGAACAAAGGUAACAAUGGUGGGAAAGGUGGAAAAAAGAAGAAAAAUAAAAACUCUUCUAAAGCGCAGAAAAAUAAUGGAUCGACCUGGGCCAAUGUCCCUCUGCCUCCUCCUCCAGUCCAGCCCCUUCCUGGUACAGAGCUGGAGCACUACGCAGCCGAACAGCAAGAAAAUGGCUAUGACAGUGAUAGCUGGUGUCCACCAUUACCAGUGCAAACAUAUUUGCACCAGGGUAUGGAAGAUGAACUGGAAGAAGAUGAUGAUCGUGUCCCAACGCCUCCUGUUCGCGGUGUGGCCUCUUCUCCUGCUAUCUCUUUUGGACAGCAGUCUACUGCCACUCUUACUCCAUCUCCACGGGAAGAGAUGCAACCCAUGUUGCAAGCUCACCUGGAUGAGCUGACUAGGGCCUAUCAGUUUGACAUAGCAAAACAAACAUGGCACAUUCAAAGCAAUACUCCACCUCCACAGCCCCCAGUUCCACCAUUAGGUUAUGUGUCUGGAGCCUUGAUUUCUGAUUUGGAAACGGAUGUUCCAGAUGAAGAUGCUGAUGAUGAAGAGGAACCCUUAGAAAUCCCCAGGCCCCUCAGAGCACUAGACCAGACACCCGGAUCCAGUAUGGACAAUCUAGACAGCUCUGUGACAGGAAAAGCCUUUACCUCCUCUCAAAGGCCUCGGCCCACAAGCCCAUUUUCUACGGACAGUAACACCAGUGCUGCCCUGAAUCAAAGUCAGAGGCCUAGGCCCACCAAGAAACACAAGGGAGGGCGGAUGGAUCCACAGCCAGCAUUGCCUCAUCGAAGGGAAGGGAUGCCAGAUGAGGAGACCCUGGUGCCAUACAGCAAGCCAAGUUUCCCAUCCCCUGGCGGGCACAGCUCAUCAGGAACAGCUUCUUCUAAAGGAUCCACUGGACCUCGGAAGGCCGAGGUGUUGAGGGGCGGCCACCAGCGCAAUACUAGUGACCUUGUUGACAUAGGCUAUAUGGGCUCAAAUAGUCAAGGACAGUUUACAGGUGAAUUAUAGUAACUGAGAGGAGACAUACAAAGCUGCUCUGAAGGACCAUCAGGUCUGAACUCAUGGAAGUGAUGACACUUAACAGUGCAAUGAACAAUUUAUUUAUGUACUAUUAAAAAAAAAGACUGUAAAUGCAAUGUAAAGACACACAGCCACCCAUAUCCUACAGAUAUUUUCUUGUGUUCUUCUCUUAAGUACACCACCCACCUUAACUCUUUCUUGUCAGGAGUAUAUAAGAAAAAGAAAGAAAACAAAUCUCGCCCUCCAGGAAGAAAAGGAUUCUCCUCUGUAUAUAAUUUCUUUUGUGCAUUGCUAUGCAAGCUCACUCUUUUCAGCUCUGUUUAUAUUAUUGUCUGUUCUUAUCGGUCUGUUGUACUAUAUGUGAAUUAAUGGGCUGUGGUGCCAUAUAUUAACUUUUAAUUGUGUAACUUUUAUGUUUAAAUUUUGCACUGCAAUUUUAUUUGGUGAUAAGCACAAAUCUACUCCUCAUGACAUGAAGAAAAGAUUGAAUGUGAAGGGAGUUUUCUGUACUGUAAGUUAGGUUGGAUAAUACUGGUGUAACCAAUCCUGUUAGGUGGUUUUCAGUUGGGGUGUAGAAAUAGGAAGAUGAGAAGGAAUGGUGGUGUUGGCAAAGUCUUCUGUAAACAUCAGAAAUCCAGUCAGUUUUUAAAAGCAGAAAGACUGCUUUUACUAUUGACAAAAACAGGGGUCAAAAGAAGGAAGCUGGGGUCCGGGCAGAAUAUGCAUUAAAGUAUGCAGGUAGCAAUGAUGUACUAACUUGCUUAAAAAAAAAAAAAAAAGAUAAUUAAAGCUUUGUGUAGAAUCAACUUUACCUGCCAUUGUAAUUGACCCAUCUGAGAAUUACAAUGAACAAACAAAAUUAAGGUGUUUCAAAAGAGUUGUAUUUAUAAUACAGUUUUUUUUUUAAAAAAAAAAAAAAAAAAACAGCAUUUUCUGAAUUGCCGUAAUUAAUCUCUCCAACUCAUGAAAUUGGAGUAUAACAUGAAGUUCCCUAAGGAAACAAAGAAAAUGAACUCUAGAAUAUCAAGCAAAUAGUUAAAGAAGCAACUUGUUGUUAGGACAUACUCGGGCUGCUUUUGAAUAUGAACUCUAUUGCAAUAUUAUUUCGUCUUUCAAAUACAUGUACAGUACACACUAAAGAGAAUAUAGCUGCAUUACAUAAGUUCAUGACUUUCUUUUUAACAAACUAAUGCAGUCUACAUGCAAGUUCAUGUUUCUUUUGAUUAAAAAUUGAAGUUGAUGCCACCAAAUGCCUAGCCAAAUUGUGAAUGCUUAAAAGCAGUGCUCAGAGUACGUUCAGUUUACAGUUAGCAGACUUACUGGAAUCAAUAGUUUAUGGUACAUUCUCAGAAUUGGCUACCAACUAAAAUCUGUUUGACCCAUUUUUGAAUGAGUAAAUUGAAAAGUUAAAAAGGAGAAAAAUGCAUGUUUAUACACUUUUUAAAUAAAACCAAAUCUUGUAAGUGGACAUUAA